CAGCGGAGGAUCCGUGUGCGGUCCCGGUCCGUCAAGUAGACGCCACCGCUCUCACGUUAGUGGCGUGGUCUUUGUUACGAUUUUUCCCCCUUUUUGGUCCCAAUUACUUAAUUUCUUCGGAUCAGUCAACAUGGGGAAAAAAGAAGAGGAGGAUAUUAUCAGAAUUGCCAAGAAGAUGGAUAAAAUGGCGCAGAAGAAAAACGGGGCUGGAGCCUUGGACCUAUUGAAGGAGCUGCGCAGUAUCCCCAUGACUCUUGAGCUGCUCCAGUCGACCAGAAUCGGGAUGUCCGUUAACGCAAUCCGCAAGCAGAGCACAGACGAUGAGGUGACAUCCUUAGCCAAGUCCUUGAUCAAAUCAUGGAAGAAGCUUUUGGAUGAGCCUGGUGGAGGAGAGAAAGCAUCAGAGGAAAAAAGGAAAGAGCAAACACCACCAGUUGUUUCUCCUUCCCAGGGAAGCCCUGAAGCAAAAGAGGAAAGCAGCUCCAGCAGUAACUCCAGCAGCAAGAGUGAGCCCACUGAUGUUACACCCAACACGUUAAUUAACAGCUUUCCUCGUGCACCUAGCACCUCUGACUCUAUCAGGCUCAAGUGCAGAGAGAUGCUGUCGAAUGCUCUACAGACUGGAGAUGAUCAUAUUGCUAUUGGUGCUGAUUGUGACGAACUUGGAGCUCAGAUCGAGGAAAGCAUCUUCCAGGAGUUUAAAAAUACAGACAUGAAAUAUAAGAACCGUGUGCGGAGCCGAAUCUCAAACCUGAAAGAUGUAAAGAACCCCAAUUUAAGGAGGACGGUGCUGUGUGGGAGUGUAUCUCCUGAGCGGAUGGCUAAGAUGACUGCAGAGGAAAUGGCCAGCGAUGAGCUGAAAGAAAUGAGAAAGAAUUUGACCAAAGAGGCUGUCAGGGACCAUCAAAUGGCGACCACAGCAGGCACUCAGACUGAUUUAUUCACCUGUGGCAAGUGCAAGGGCAAAACCUGCACCUACACACAGGUUCAAACUCGCAGCGCUGAUGAACCUAUGACCACGUUUGUCUUCUGCAAUCAGUGUGGAAAUAGAUGGAAGUUCUGCUGAAUCGGCGGGUGUUUCCACGGCACUCCGACAAGUAGCAAAAUUCCUGGACCAGGUUUUGUCUCUCUGCAACAGAUUGGAGCUUUGCAUUGUUUGGUACAUGGUGCACAACAUGCCCUACAAAGACGCCACUGCGGUUACCGUUUGAAUAAAAGCCCCGUUCAUAGAUUGAGCUCGUUGUCAGAUCCCCUAACACCCUCCCCAAAAAAAUCUUUUACUAUUGUUAUUAGUUGUUUCUCACUGUCAGAUAUAUGCGAUCAGUCUUGUCUCAUUCUUUUAUCUGCAUUUUUUUAUAUGUAGUUUUAACACUUUGGACAAUGUUGUUUUGCUUUCCCCCUCACAACAUUGCAUUGUUUUAUUUAAUUUCCCAAUAAAAGUGUAAUCCAUUUGAUUAAAAGAAGUGCUUUUCA